AUGGCCAAGAGGGACAAGUUCAGCUGGGAUCUUUUGCUGGUUGCCUGCUGCAAAAACGGGCACUUUGAUGAAGCGCACUGUGAUGGGCAUCUUGAUUCUGCCAAGGUAGUCUUUAGCAAAAUGCCUGCUCGCAACUUGGUCUCGUGGACGACGAUGCUGGGGGUUUUAUCUCAGCUCGCGGAUGUAGAAAGCACUUUUGAAGAGAUGAUUACGUAUGGAAGAGAAUCAAAGAGGCAGCUGGCUUCCUCAAGGCGUAUAGGCGACGAGCAGCGUUGUGACGGAGACAAGAUCGUGCUGCGGCAUCUGAUCGUGAAAGAAGCGCUCCGACUCUUUCAGGAGGCCGCAGUGGACGUAGCCGGAAAGAAUUGCCGUGCAAGUCGAGAGAUUCCUCACACGCUGGAAGAGCUCCAGAGAAGACUCCAGAUGCCAGUGACGGGAGACACGAUGUCGUCUCGUGCACUUGCGCAAUUGCAGCAUUGCUGUGUGUGGAACGCCAUAGCUACGGGAUUAACCCAAUGCGUCCUCCUGGACGAAACCAUGAAAAUCCUCGACAAAAUACCGGCAUGGAAUCUUGCGACCUGGAACACGCUGCUAACAUCACACUCCUUGCAAGGGAAUCUUACCGGGGCUAGAAGAGUCUUUCACGAAAUGCCAGACAAGAACUUGGAGUCGCGGAACGCCAUGCUCUCGACAUAUGCCCAAAACGGGCAUAUUUCUCUUGCAAGGAAGUGUUCCAAACGAUGCCCUUGCGCAGCGUUGAAUCCUUCAGUGCAAUGCUGA